CCCCUCCCGCCUCCGCCGCCUUCGGGGGCGCCUCGUCCCGCUCGCGGCGCCUCAUGGCGCGAUGCAGCUGCAGUGGGAGGGAGAGGAAACCCACCCCCCUCGCCCGGCGGCCGCCUUUGUAACCGCUCAGCCCGGCGCGCCGCCCGGCCCGACUCGCUGCAGCUCGGGGAGCGCCGGAGCGCGGCGGCGGGAGCAGAUGGAGCCGGAGGGUUGCCCUUGUUCUCCUUUUCAAAUCAAAUGUCACAUUGACUCAAAUCCAGCAUUGGAAGCAUGUGGGGAACUGCAGCAUAUCAGCCCGGCACAAUGUAUCCAUCAGACUGGAAGGAAGCCCAAAACCAAAACUCCACUGGCCAAAAUGCAUCCUCUGCAGAAACCCCAAGUACCUCCUAAGCCUGUCCACCUCAAGCCUGGGCAAGAAAGAAUUCCUCCUGCACCUUCUCGGCCUUUACCAGCUGAUCCCAAGUCAUCAAGGAGCUUAGUGCCUGGAGAGGAAGAAAUACCAAUAUCAGCAGGUGUCAACACUCUCAUUGAGAAAUUUGAAAGUAUUAGGCAACCCGUACAUAUCCUUCAAAGGAACCAGCUAAAUUUAGCUCUUAAGAUGGAACCAGGCCUGGACUCAUCCAAACAGUCGAGCUCGUGUGACUGUGACAUGGUAGCUUCCAGUGGCUGUUCAACAAAUGAAAAAAGUGAAGCAGAUGAAAAUGAGCCAGACGUGCCGUGCGGUGCGGAUCUAUCUAACACAGACAUAAUGAAAAUUAAAGAGCUAAGCAUAGGCGAUAACAAAAGCCAUGAAGACUGUACUGCUGUGAAUGUGAGCAAAGAACCCUCUAGAGAGCUUGGCAGUAAAGACUCAACUGCAGAACUGAAUGGUAAUGGUAAAAUUCCCAACAGAGACAGUGGCAUUGACAGCCCUUCUUGUAGCGUGGCAGGGGAAACUUUUCCCAACGAAGAAGGCGCAGAGCAGAAGAAGCCCAGUGUGUCUGGGAAUCCGGGGGAGAUGGAACCUGACAAAAAGGGCACCAAAUCUUCCUCUGCAGAGCAGAAGAGAGACUCCACACAGGAUGAAGACAGUGACAUUGAUGAAGGAAGUAGUGAGGAACAAGAAACAGCAGAAGUGCCAAAGUUAGAGUAUAUGGAUAUAAACAAGUGUACAGAGCCCCAAAAGCUAUUCAACAUUGCAAAUGAACUGCUCCAUACAGAAGAAGCGUAUGUUAAAAGACUCCAUCUGUUGGAUCAGGUGUUUUGCACUAAGCUGUCAGAAGCAGGUAUUUCAUCUGAAGUGAUAACGGGCAUCUUUUCAAAUAUUUCUUCUAUCUAUUGUUUCCACGGACAAUUUCUUCUUCCUGAGCUCAAAACAAGAAUUACACAAGAAUGGAGUGUGAACCCACGGUUAGGAGACAUCCUGCAGAAACUGGCUCCUUUUCUGAAGAUGUAUGGAGAAUAUGUGAAGAACUUUGACAGGGCAAUGGACAUGGUGAAUACGUGCAUGCAGAGGUCAUCUCCUUUCAAAGAUGUUGUUCAGAAUAUACAGAAACAGGAGGUGUGUGGUAACCUGACGCUGCAGCAUCACAUGCUUGAACCUGUGCAAAGGAUUCCUCGUUAUGAACUUCUCCUGAAGGACUAUCUAAAGAAACUUCCAGAAGAAUCUCCAGACAGGAAAGAUGCUGAAAAAUCACUGGAGCUCAUAUCUACAGCAGCAAACCAUUCGAAUGCUGCCAUCAGAAAGAUGGAAAAGAUGCACAAGCUUUUGGAAGUCUAUGAGCGACUCGGUGGUGAAGAGGAUAUUGUUAACCCAGCCAAUGAGCUCAUUAAAGAAGGACACAUUCAGAAACUUUCAGCAAAGAAUGGCACAGCACAGGAUAGGUAUUUAUUCCUGUUUAACAGCAUGGUGCUGUACUGUGUGCCAAAACUCAGGCUGAUAGGCCAGAAGUUCAGUGUUCGAGAAAAGAUGGACAUUGGAGGACUGCAGGUCCAAGAAAUUGCCAAGCAAAAUGUGGCUCAUACAUUUUCAAUAACAGGAAAAAAGAGAUCGCUGGAACUACAAGCCAGGACAGAAGAGGAGAAGAGGGAAUGGAUUCAGGUCAUCCAAGCAACAAUUGAAAAGCACAAACAGAACAGUGAAACCUUUAGAGCUUUCAAUAGCUCUUUUUCUCAAGAAGAGGAACAUCUUCCAGAUUCAUCAAUAGCAAGUACGAGCUCUGUGGAAUCGAUGCCAGGAGCAGACAGUGGUGCAUUUGGAGGGAUAGUUUACAUGGAGGUGUCAACCUCCUGGAUGAGAUGGCUGAUUGCCUGUGCAGCAGAGUCUGUUGCUUUCCACAGGGAUUGAAAGUAAAGCACGUCUCACUUCUUUCCCAGUGUCAGCAGUUAAAUAAGAUGUAUUCAAUGUUUUUCUUCUCAAAUUUGUCAAGUUUUAAAGAAAAUACGUUUUCAUUUUUGUUAUUAGCAAUGUUUCAGACUUGUUUAUUCUUACUGUAUUGUCAUAAUGUUGGGAAGUGUUAAGAAACAUGGUGGUAUUUAUCAAACACCUGGGGAGCUCUUCAUACAGGGCCUUUUUGGAUCAGUGAAAUUUGUAUCAAAAGCUUGCUGUAUGCUAUGGCACAAGUUAAAAUCCGUCUAAAAUAAAAUCUGUCUAAAAUAAAAGCCCAGUGCAUAGCUAUCACAACAUAAACCAGACCUAAUAGAAUAGCUUUUCAGUUUUCUUUCCUUUGACAAAUACAUGGGUCGUGUAUUUCUGUAAGUGAACACUGCCCAGUGUUUCACGUUGAUGAGAAGUCAAAGAUGAGAGCCCUUGAAGGAAAUAUUCAACUGCAGUCAUUUCUGUAUUACAGAAGCAUGCACAGGUGUGCUGAUGGUUAUUUCUGUUGAAGUUCAAAUCAAGUAAACCAGUUUCCACAUAAGCAGUAAAUUCACUUCAUAUUGGAGAAGCUUCAGCAUUUUUCCUAUGCAGGCAUAGGAAGGUAUCAAUCAAAAGCCAAAAACUGAUUUUUUGGUUAGUAUUCUUCGAGAUUAUCUUCUAGUAACUGCUCACAAGCUUAAAUGGUGGCUUCAUUCAUGGUCUUGCAGUUCUAGUAACACAGAUGAAAUUGUUAACAGAAGAAUCAAAAAGCUUUUUAUUCUGUGUUCAAAUGUUGACUUUUAAGAAGAGGAGAAAAUAACGUUUGUCAGUGAUGUAGUGUUCUGAUCAAACAACUUAAGGGGAAUCCAUUCCCAGUCACUAGAAGGAAAAGCAGUCUCAUAAAAAAUUAAAUAGCACUGUCAUCAAAAUUGGAAUAAGAAACAGAAGAGGACUGGCCAACUUCUGUGAUACAAAUAAAAAGCAUGACUCUGUAGAUUGCUCUUUGUCAGUAAAAGAAAGAUCAGGUUGCCUUAAUUAUGUGCCUCACUUGGAGGGCUCUAAUAGUGUCUGAAAGGAACAUUUUGCCAGUGAAUCACCCAAGGCAUUGUUCAGUUGUUGUAAUUCAGUGUUGUGCUGGUUACAUCUGGUUCUUUACAAGAAAAGUGAAAUUCUUCGCUCUGCUUGUGUGUGUGUUGGAUUUGCAGGCAUUUUGCAUUGCUGAACAAUUAAUAUGUAUGUGGAUGAGGGUAUGGUAAUUUUCCUGAAUGAGCAGUCCCAUCUGACUGUGCUUCACCAAACUGAAUUGCAAAACAUCCCAUAUGCUUGUAUCAAAGUUUGAAACGUUGCAAUAGCAGCUGUUGUAAAUUUAGUAAAAAUUAAAAGAUUCAGUCUAAUUAGAAGUAAUUACUUGUGGUUUUGUCCCCAUUACAAGCCAGGGUGAUUGCAAUAGCUGUGCAGAAAGAUGCUGUUUUCCUCUGUACCCAGGGAACAUCAGGACAGAGACUCAGAGAGGCUGAAAGAUGUAGGAGUGGUGUCAGCAGUCAGGCUGGACGUGGAGAAUUAGUUCUGGCCAUCAGAAGUCACGAAAUCCCACACCAGGAGCACCCAGUGACUGAACCAGCAUUUCCACCUUCGCCUUUGGCCAUUAGCAGAGUUAGCAUGAAUUCUUUUCUAGAAUUACUUGAAUACUGUGAAACCCAAGGAGGAUCUUUGCUCUCUCAGUGUGAGAGCUCUGUGAGUUAUGCUAUGAUGUGUAUUUUUUUCCUUCAAUCAUAUAAUUGCAUUU